GGCGCUAUUUUAAGAACAGUGUUCCAUUGACAGCGGCUACGAGUCGUUAGACCUCACCCUCCGUUUACAACUCACACGAGGUCUAAUAUUUCGCCUGACAGAAGAGACGUCGGGGAGUUGUAAAUACAACAAAAACAGGUGCUACAGAUCGGCGAAGCGUCAUGACGUCGGUUAUGGAUCCAAACGUGUCUAAAUUCAACCCGGAGACAGCGAGAGUGUACCAUUUUCGUUACAUGAGAGAGUACCGUGCUAUCUGUGCUUUGUGGGGACUGCUCACAAUCAUUUGGUGUAUUUUGAACCUGGUGUCAUUUAUCCAGCCUCAGUGGAUUGGGGAUACUCCCCAAUCCCCGGGGUACGGACAUUUGGGCGUGUACGCCAACUGCUACCCCGAUCAUGCCCGAGGGGAAUACUUGUGUGACGGGUCCCCAUUCAGCUGGGAUUCCAUGCUCAACAACUCCUUCAAAGCUACAUCAUUCUUCGUCGGUGUGUCGUCGUUGCUGAUGCUGAUCACAGUGGCUGCCCUCCUGUUCUUCUUCUGCUUCAAGAAAACAGUGGUGUUCUACUUGUGUGGAAUCAUGGAGAUCAUCUCUGCCCUGUUCAUGUUCCUGGCCUGUGUGAUCUACCCUAGUGGGUGGAACCAGAUAGAGGUGAAGGCAAUCUGUGGCGACACCGCUGGAGAAUACCGCCUGGGCGAGUGUAGCGUUCGCUGGGGAUACAUCCUCGCCAUCCUGGGAAUAUUUGAUGCAAUCUUCCUCUCUGUUCUCGCCUUCCUCCUAGCCACAAAACGUGCAAAGCUGGAGAUGUACUCAACUACUGGUACUGUGACGAAAUCCGAGCUAAAUGGCUACUCUGGCGACACACUUUCGAAGCAUUCCAUAGCAAUCCAGCCAGUCGUUGCCGUUCCAGACUCUCAGUAUGGAGGCCGACGGGACUUCACUCUGUGAAGGAUCUUACGUCAUCUCCGACUCUAUGGAACGGAUCUCCCAUUAUCUCUGAUCUGCCAACAAACUUGCUGCUGUUUGUAACAAUUUUCAAGGACAAGCUGAAAAACUUCACCAUCCUUGAAUAAUUCUUACAUAGUGAUAAAAAAUACUUUUUUUAAAGUGUUCCAUAAGUUUCCAGAAUUAAAGGAUUAUGGAUCUUAUCUUUACAUGAUGAAGAUCGCUUACCCAAGAAAAAACAUAUUGGAAUGUGAACCGAAAAAUUUAUGAAUAUUAUGGAAAAAAAAUAAACAAAAAAAAUGAAUGGGAAAAUUUAGAUAAAGUUUUUUUUUAC